AUGAGUGACGAUAAUAACAACUACCGCCCUCGCUCUCCAGGUGCAGCUGCCACAUUUGUACCUCCGCCAAGUCUAGGCCGUUUACCGUCCUACUCUCGUACACCUGGCGAGCCCAUCUAUCCAUUUUCUCCACGCGCCUCCAUCAGCGCCUCAGCCACAGCCACAUUUACUCCACAGUCCGCUACGGCUCCAUCAUAUUUUAGCCAUCAAUACCAGGCUCACUCGCCGGCGGCUUUUUCGAGGACACCAUCGUUUCCGAACUAUCCAAAUUAUCAAGCCAACAUCGACCCAUAUCAAUCCAACUCCCAACCACGAGUCCCGCCCAACUUUCAACCACCCAACUAUCACAACGACGAUCCGGACAUGGCUCGAACUCGGGCUCAACGCUCGGCUGAGCAACAGUAUGACCCAACGCACAACCCUAGUCCCAGCACCAACGCCAUCGCCCCGGCCGCACAGCCGCCACCGGUCAAGCAGGAAGUACCCACUCCUGAUCCGGCUCUCCUCGUCGACAUCAAGACCAAAUUUCCGGUUGCCCGGAUCAAGCGAAUCAUGCAAGCUGAUGAAGAUAUCGGCAAGGUUGCUCAGGCCACGCCCACCGCAGCUGCCAAAGCACUUGAACUUUUCCUGACCUCUCUUGUCAUCAAAUCAGCAACCACAGCCAAAAAAGCCAACUCCAAGCGCAUCACGGCCAACCACCUGAAAGCAGCCAUUGCCGCAGAUAAAAACUUCGACUUCCUCAACGAAAUCUGCGACAACGCGCCAGAUGAGGACAAGGCUGGCAAGAAGGCUAGAGGCAAGAGCGAAGACGUUAGCGACGACGAGGGCUCCAAACGAAAAGUCAAGAAACGGAAGAGCAGCGAGGAAAGCGAUUAG